AUGCAGCUAAAGAGCAAAGCGCCCUCAGCGCACGCCACCCACGCCGCCACGGUCGCCAUUGUUGCUAGUGCAAGCUCGACGCGCCUAGUCAUAAUACCGACCGUGAUUGAAGCGAGCAAUGAGAUCAUGAAGACCAGGGUUGACAUCACCAAACCGAACAUCAUGCUGCAUCUCCUGCUGCACUGCUCCGCUGCUCCUCUCGGGGAGGUCAAGAACUCAAGUCUCAUGCGUAUCCAAGAGUAUAGCGCGCUCCCAAAUACAAGCUUAAAGCGGUGGAGGGACCGCUUCACUACCGAGGAACACAAUUUGCCUUUGGUACCUACACAGAAAGGAGAGGAAAUAAACAGUACCACGUGCGAUGUCUGUCUUGUAAAAUUUCGAAGCCCGAUAUCUCAACGUUUGGAAUUUGAAACACGAUUAUGUGACGCUUGCGUAUUUAUGAAGGGUGAGAUGGAUAGAUACAACAAAGCCGAAGCGGCGUCACUCACUGUGCCGGCUAGCACCACCAGCAGACUGCCAAUGGUUGGGACGGAUCAUAAUGCAAUUGACGACAAGCCUCAAACUGAAGACAAAGAGGAUAAGAAUGCGCAAGGUCAUGAACUUAGCAUGACUGACCCUGCUCUAGCCCUGCCUACUAUUCUGAGUAAUGAAAACGAUAUCAUCAGUUGCAAAACCUCUUUACAGCAUUCUGGAGCUUCACAUGACGAUGAGCACGCAGGUCAAGAGACCCCUUCAGCACCAAGCGAUCAGUCCACCGAAAACAUAUCUAGUGACCCUGGAAGCCCGUUGAAUGCUGCCUCUGAAGACUCUUUGGAGACUGUAGCUUCUCAGGACACAAACAUAGCUUAUGCUAAACAUGUAUUGAUUGCUGCAGUAUUGCAACAGGUCUAUGCCAUGUUUGGAGAUGACCAAGAUACUCAGCAGUAUCGACAAUGUGUGGCAAAUGAGGAAGCGAAUUCUGGAAGUCCACUUUUGCAUCAGGGAGAUGGUCGCCAAAAUGAAGGCAAAGGGAAGCGUGGACGCCGCCCAAGAGAUGACGAUGGCUCUCGAAGUGAAGAAGAAGGCGAUCAAGGCCGAAAGAAAUUUCCUAAAAACAGCUCAUCCCUGGGAUCAGACGCCGCUAUUGAACGCCUUGCUUGUCCUUUUUCGAAGUAUCGACCAGAAAAAUACGGGCCAAAUGAAUCCACGAAGUACCGAUACCGUUCAUGUAAAGGUAAAGGCUUCUCAACAAUCUCUCACGUGAGGCAACAUCUCAAUCGGAUUCACCGCCCGAUCCAGUGUCAAAAUUGCUGGCAUGUGAUGAAAAAUACCCAACAGCUCCUAGAACACGUGCAGGAACGAAAUUGCGAAUGGCAACUACCUGAGCCCGAAGGCAUAGAUCAGGAGAAGAUGAACUUGAUUAGCAGGUAUGGCACCAGUUGGGAGAAGAUGUAUGAGAUCUUGUUCCCUGGUGCUCCUGUACCUGGCCCUCAUGUUGAGAUAUGCACUACGCGUGCCCUGUGUCCACCUCAUCAAAGUGAUCGCCUUCAAGACUUCGACGCCUACAGCAGAAGAUUUCUGCCUCAAUUAGUGGAAGUGCAACUAUCGGCGAUCAUAAACACCGAUCUGGCUCCACUAGAAGAGACACUGAGAGCACGGAUAGGUAGCCUGAUCCGCGAAUGCCAGUCAACCCUGUAUACCAACUUCCAGAGCCAAGGCCAAGCUCACUCGAUGAGCCAGGCGGAGAAUGCAGGUGACCAAACACCACCGCAAUUCUUGCCCCUUGCAAAGCCUACCGCAGAGAUGCAACGGUCUAGCUCUAGACGUAACACCUCUACUAAUGACUUUACGUUAAACAUCGAGGAAGAACUCCCAAGACUCGAUCAGAGUUCUGGCUAUGUGAGUGAGCCUUUAGAUUGGAAAUGGCUUCCGGAGAACUUCUAUGGCAAUGACGUUGUGGCCAAUACUUCGCCGACUUUAGGCGCAGACUUAACGGUUGGGAACAAUCUCAAGGAGGUAUGCGAAUCCAGCAACUUCACAGAUCAUAGUAUUGACCACAUGGAAAGAGCGGCUGACACAAGGGCUGACGAUGUCACCGAAUGGGAGUUGCUGAUGAUGAAAUCAUAG